CAUUCUUUGCAAAUUCGAUAGGAAGUCAGACAACCGCUAUAUUGAAUGACUGUCUCCAUAAAGCAGUAUAGUACCAUUUCAUCGAUUCGAUCACGAGAUUUCAAUCUUUAGGAAUUACCUACCAUUAUUUCAUAAUCACCAAACUGCCAGUGAUUCUCGAAUUUUCAAUCGAGUUGAGUGACUCGGUACACCACCACUCUUUUUAUUUCGCGAGUCGAUGGCAAGCCAAUGGAGCGCUAAACUCUAACAGGUAAAGCCUUCACUAAACACACUCCAUUAUUUACUCAAUACUAUCUGAAAGAAAGCUUCGAACAAAAGAUGAUCCUUCCUUGACAUCAAUACCUGAUAAACUCAUCGCAACUCAAGUCCCUUACCUAUAUCCAUAUAUAUCCCUCCUAUCCUCUACUCAUCGAUCAUCAUCCACAGAUCAUACUUACACCAAACAAGACUUUCUACCCUUACUUGUCAAGUUCCAGGUCCUCGUGAACAUGACAACUCCAGCGGCAGAUUCGCAAAUCAAUCAUGCGGAUGCUAUAAAUUACUGGGAAAGCAUAGAAGCAAGUGAUGAUGGAAUGUUGGGAGGCUUUCCGUAUAUCAGUCGAGUGGAUAUACAAGGAUCAAAGAACUUUUUAGGGAAACUGGGGGUAAAGGGUGCGAAAUUGGGAAGGGCGGUGGAUUGUGGGGCGGGAAUCGGUCGAAUUACAAAAGCAUUGCUUCUUAGUGUUGCUGAGACAGUGGAUAUUGUGGAACCAGUAACGAAGUUCUCUUCUGCGCUUAUAGACCAACCUGGAGUUGGCCAAAUAUAUUCGGUUGGCCUGGAAGCGUGGACACCAGAUGCAGAAACAAGAUAUGACUUGAUGUGGAACCAGUGGUGUCUAGGACAUUUGACAGACUCUCAACUGGUGGAGUAUCUUCAGAGAUGUGGAAAGGUGUUGAACGAAAAUGGUUGGAUCAUAGUUAAGGAAAACAUGAGCACACAUGCUGGCAAUGAUAUGUUCGACGAACUGGAUAGUAGUGUCACUAGGACUGAUGAGAAAUUUCGUGCACUCUAUGAGAAAGCUGGCUUGAAGUUAAUGAAGACGGAAUUGGCGAAAGGUUUCCCAAAGGGAUUGUACCCUGUCAGGAUAUAUGCAUUGAAGCCGGAAUGAAUGUCAAACAUAGCUGCCAUAAAAUUUUGAAAACAUCAAAAACUCUUCGCUCAACACACAUAACAUCGCAGAAGUACCGGUUACAUCGAAACUUCACUUGGCUUGAAGGGGCACGGCAUGUCAAGGAUAAUGUUCUAGGACGAAGAAUUCUAUCUGGAACACAAAUACUAGAGAGCCAAGUGCGGAUUCUACUCGUCUAUUACUGGAGUAAUUUGCCACACUGUUUGAGAGUAUGGGCGUUAUUCGUUCUCAAAUGAAAUGACUCUAAGCAAAGUCACUGAGUUGUCAAGAUGAUUAUAUUCUCGGAAACGUGAUCCUAAUCAAGCCUGUGAAACUCGAACUCAAUUUGGAAGGUAAAAAGCUCAACAUGUUCUUACCAUCCACAACUACAACCAUGUUCCUUCUUGGAAUAGUUGAGAAUUAAAGAGUUGAGAAUUACGUCUUCAAUCGCCUAGUUUAUCUUUUUCCAUUGCUUACACCACUUUCUCAUCCUUAAGAUAUACAAUAUGGCCCCACGAUUGAUUCCCCUUUUGCACAUCAGUCUUUUUGGUAUAAUUAUUAUUCUACAAUUUAUCAUCCUCCCAGCAAGUAGUUACGUGCUCGAACUAAGA